CGACCGGAACCCCCUGAAUCUCUCUGCGCCAUCGACCAGACCUGUCUUGUGCGGGAAGGUGGCAAAUUCGCAUCUCCCCCACCCAUUUUCUGCUCCCUCCCCUAGCUAAUGAGGUGCAGCCUUUGGUCUCCAGGGGCUACGGUCAAGGUUAGAGGAUGAGAACAUUACUCAGUCUGCACAGCCUCUCCCGCUAAGGGGCCCAGUCCCAGGAACCUGACUUUCUGAUCAUCCUCUAUGAGGGCAAGCACUUCACCGGGAGGAAGCUGGAGGUCUACGGGGACUGUGACAACUUCCAGGACCGAGGCUUUAUGAAUCGGGUGAACUCCAUCCGUGUGGAGAGCGGCGCCUGGGUCUGCUUCGAUCACCCCGACUUCCGGGGUCAGCAAUUUAUCCUGGAGCAUGGAGACUACCCCGACUUCCUCCGCUGGAACGGUCACAAUGACCACAUGGGCUCCUGCCGCCCCAUAGGAAUGCACGGGGAGAACUUCCGCCUGGAAAUCUUUGAGGGCUGCAACUUCACCGGCCAGUGCCUGGAGUUCCGGGAAGACUGCCCCUUCCUGCAGAGUCAGGGCUGGUCCAAGAACUGUGUCAACGCCAUCAAGGUGUACGGGGACGGAGCGUGGGUCCUGUACGAGGAGCCCAACUACCGCGGCCGCAUGUACCUGGUGGAGCGGGGUGACUUCCGUAACUGCUCCGACUGGGAGGCCCACAACGCGCGCAUCCAGUCGCUCCGCAGAGUGGUCAACUACUUCUAGCCCGCCAGGACCCGGGCGUGCCUGGGGGUCGGGGGCAGCCCCUUCCGCCCCCCCAUCCUAGGGCUCAGACCCUAGGGAAUAAAAAUCAGAGAAAUGGA